GUCUGCUCGUCCAACAUGGGCCGCACAUCCAAAUUCACCUUCCCCGUCCCGGGGAGGAAACAGAAACCGCCGUUUGGACCGAUCGUGUCGGGGCCGAUGUCCAAGGCGCAAAAGAUCCUGGGCACCGCCGAAAUCAACAUCGACGCACCGCGCCAAUGGGACACCGCAUCGAACUCGGGCAUCAGCGUAUCCGUAUCCGAAAGCACCGCUACCUACAACACGGGCGAGAGGAGCCGGGCCCCGCGCCACGAAGAGGAGGGCAUUUCAGGAAACAGCAGCCGCAGAAGUACGCAAUGGGAGCAGGAGUCCGAGAUCGUGCCAGCAUUCCUGGCGAAUCGCUUUUCGCAACUGCAUACCACCGACGGCGGCCAGAGAGAGUUCACCGAGACGUCGAGCCUCACCCGGCGAGGUUCGAACUCGACCAUCAUCUCGUGGUACGACAAGUCCAAGAUGCCGCUGUCAAUAUCCCAGCAGACGUCGUCAUCCGCAAUGGCAAAGGGGCUGCCCCAGAAGGCGAACGCUGUCCUUGACAUCGAAGGAAAGGAAUCGAACCACAUGGCCUCGUCAAGUCCGAAGGCCAAGAAGCGGCCGAGUCGAUUGGACUUGGGCGAUCUGUUAUCCCGGCAUAAACACCACAGCCUGAAAGGCAAAACCGACACUCGUUCUGUUCUCGGGCCGGACCACAAGAACAGGUCGCCCUCGCUCGCAUCCAUCUCGUCGCCCCGAGUGACGCCGCCGCCAAUACAGCAGAGAACCGAGAGGAAACUGACGAGGAAGAACACGUUCGACAGCAUCAACUCCGUGAGCAGCCGACCGAGGACGGGGUCCAGUAGUCGCAGAGGCGCCAACGACAUUAGCAACCUCCCCAACUUGUAUGAACACUACGAGCAGAUGUCGUUUGAUCAGGUCCUCGGCCACGAUGGUCCCUUGGCCGCCUCAGGACCGUCUUUGGCCGUUGCCGGAUACACGCCGUUGAGAUCGCCAUCGGCGACGGAUCAAAAAAAGACGUUCACGAGGCCGCCGCUUCGGCACGAAGGCGCAUCGUCGAUGUAUCAGACUUACUAUGGCGCAUUGCCGGAGCCUUCCAAGCCCGCGGGCCAGCCGUUGAUGCAGACGGACCGUGAUUGCGCGUCCAGUGUCUCGAGCCGCUACACGAAGACUUCCAAGGCGUCCAAGCGAACGAGCCAGAGUCUCAAUGGAUCCGAUUUGAUGGAGAAGAGCGUGCUGUCGCUUUCGUCCGACUCCGAGGAUGAUUUCUUCCCCGACUCCGUCUCGAAAUUCACCGGGGGAUCUCGGAGUAGCGAUGCGGGUAGUCUGGCCCCCUCGUCACUGAGGUCAACGCACUCCCGGGACGCCCCGUCUCUCGGGCAAAGCUCAAGAAAAUCGGCCAAGCACGCCAGCUUUGCGCCGACCAACACCUACUUGACGAUCCCCAGCAAGUCGCCGCCGGGUAAGCCUCCCAUUGUCAACCCUCGACUGAGCUCUCUGCCCUCGACAACAUACCAGCCCCCAUCUUCAUCGAACCGCUUAUCGCGGUAUUCGACGACUUCAUCGUCAACGACAUAUUCUGUCGGCGACCGCCCGAUCCGCCCCCCGACGUAUGGCGGUCAUGACUCCCGAGCAUCGUCAUUUCCGCCUUCUUCGGAAUCGUACUCGACUACCGACCGCGGCCAAUUGCCACAGCGCAUGCUUUCCACCAAAUCGUCUUCCGUUCAUUCUGUCGACCAGCCAACCCCGCCAAUGAGCCCGACGUCGGUCGAGUCCUUCAUGGCUUCGGGGGGAUCCGCGGACGCCCAUGGUACAACUGACUCUCGGUUCAUGGCCGUCACACGACAGGAAGAAAUGCUGCUCGCGGCUCUCCGAAUGAAACGGGCCCGGAUGCGGGAGUCGGUUAUAGCCGAGUACGACGACGAGCCGAUGACCCCGUCUUCGUAUCACCAGCGAAACUCGUCGCAGGGCACCAUCACAGACAUGGACUGGCCCGAGCCGCCACAGACGCUUCGUCACCAGUCAUCGACAACCUCGAACAGCACAAUCAAGGCGGGCUCGUGCACGCAUGACAGUCGUCCGGUUUCGUUGGCGCCAGGUAAAAGCCUUCAACGCAACGGUUCUCGUCAUCUGAACCCCACCGCGCCAUCUUCUCAACCAAUGUCCGUGAUACCGCCGUCGAGGGCAGGUAGCGUGAAGAAGAUGAUGCCGGUCCAAGAGGCAACUCAAUCCGGGGCCAAGCAAGAGCGGAUCCUGCUUUACCUGGACAGGCCAGUGGGCAACGUCAACUCAAUGGAUUUUGCCGAACCCAGUCCCGACCUGAGCGACUUCAUGGAUUUCGACAAUGGCAGUGACGACGAAGAUGAGUUGUCGAGCGACAUAACACCCUUCCGGGCCCGUGACCCCCGACACGCCAUGGGCACCAAGAGCCGCGGACAAAUGCUGAGAACAGGCGAACGGGCCCGACACGAGCCUUCGCCGCUGAGGCCGAGAGGCGAGGUCGCAGGCGCGGAGCGUGUUCGGGUCGUAGGAACCGACAGAGAUGUCGAUUCCCGGUGCGGAAUCCCGCGGCCGGAUUCGCCCGUGUCGCCUGAAGGCACACUAGGCCUUCCCAACAAGAGUCUAUCGAAGAAGAAGGCUGUGAGGCUGAGCGCGGUCGGUAAUGCUGGGGUCGAAGCUGCCUGGUGGGGUGAUGAUGGUUGAAGUCGAGGUGACAGGACCUUGUUAUUUGCCGUGGACGAUUCCGAUAAUCUCUCAUCAUGAUACCCUGCACACGACCUAUUUUCUUUGUCAAUAACCCAUCUUUGUACAAAAUUUUGCAGCAAUGGAUAUAAGAGGCGAGGUGGUUUGUCCCUUUUUUUUUUUGUUCUUCUAUUUUCUCCCCCGUUUUUGGGAGGGUCAACGGAGGCGGCGGCGGCGGCGAUGGCGACGGAUUACCUGUUAUUCGGACGAAAUCAAGCGGGAGGCGGGGACAUUUUUCUGCAUGAGACACCGGGCUUCUCCUUUCUUUUGAUGGCCCUUGCGACGGAGACUGUUGGCAUAAUCGCCUGGAAGUUUCGCUGAAUCGCACCCUGUAAUAAUAUUUAUUACACAAUAUGCUUAGGUGAUGUAUGGGAAGGGCUGCGAGGCGAAGAAGAGUUAGGAAUAAUGAAGGAAGAACAGACGAACAGUUUGAGGAAGACAAGGUGGAAAGCCGAGGAAGAGAGAGAGAAUGACGAGUCGGAGGAGAGGACGCACAUCAAGGCCGCGUCUUCGUUAAUGAGAAAGGUGCUUCUGAUGCUGGGUGUAGCUUGCUUCUCUCCUCUCCUCCCUUUUCUCAGUCGCCGACUCUUUCCUGCCGUAAGCUACCUAGAUACCUAGGUACUCGAACCAAUUCCAAUCCUUGACGUUAACACAA